AUGGAUAAUACCAAUCCUAAUAAACGUAAUGCCACUCUCGAUGAUUUCUUUAUAUCCAGUAAAAAGCCUCGAGAUGAAAAUAAUAGUCUUAACGUCACUUCAAUUUCUUCAUGUUCAUCAAGCUCUUCGCCAUCUUCUUCAUCUACAACGAACGUCUUAGUUUCCACAUCUCCAUCCAACCAAUGUUUAACGGACGUGAGCACAUCUUGCUCCACAAAUUUAUCUUUAAAUAAUGAGAAAUCGCUACCAAAAUCUUCAUCAAAAGUUUGUCCAACUGAUAUUAGUCAGACAAGUCGAGACUUACCUGCACAACCUCGUUUAGCAGUUUAUCCAGCAGAUAAUGGAAAUCGAUCAUUUCAAGUCAGAUGGUAUACCAAUCGGGAUUGGUUGGAGUAUUCGGUAGAACGAGAUGCAGUAUUUUGUUAUUGUUGCCGUCAUUUUUCUCAAUUCAGCACGCCAACACGAACUCAACGAGAUGCUUUCACAACUUGUGGUUUUAACAAUUGGAAUCGUGCUCUGGCAAAUGAUAGAGGUUUUGACAAGCACGUCAAUUGUCAAUCACACAUAACAUCAUUAGCAAACUUUUCUGAAUAUAAAUCACGUCAAAAAUCUAAUACAUCUGUAAUCAAUGUUCUUGAAAAACAAAGAGCUGAACAAAUUCUAUAUAAUCGUAGUAAAUUGAUCAAGAUCAGUUCAGCAAUUUUACUAUGUGCUAAACAAUUGAUAGCCCUUCGUGGACAUGAUGAACGUAUUGAGUGA